AUGACGGCGUUGAAGCCACCGGCCCCUCUUAUGGUGUCAGCAACUCGUCCCGCACAGAAAACAUUCAAUUUUCAGAAGCUCGCGUUGGAGCUAAAGUACGAGAUAUAUGAAUACCUUUUGUUACCAAGCAAAGACGCGGUCUUUCUAAAAGAUCACUUCAAGCCAAGAAAGUCGUUGGAACAAGAUUCACUCAAGGUAGAUGUAAACAACGAACAUCACUUUGAAAUAGCGAUCCUCCUUGUCAGUCGGGAAGUCUACUCGGAAGCUCUACCAAUUCUUCAGAAGAAUCUGUUUGCCUUUACAGAUUUGACCCUUAGGCGCAUCAGCCUCCCUAGAUGGAAAGCCCGCAGCACCAAAAGCAAUAGGUUCGAAUCGCUGGCCAACAUUAAGAACCUCAAGUUAUGGCUCAGGGUCCCAGGGUUGAGACUGGAGGAAGUGAGCAGCAUCAUUCCUUACAUGCCAUCCCUGCAAUCCCUCACUAUUGGGCUCUACCUGCAUAAAGAUAGGUUCGUUACAGACUGCCACAUCGAAGCAAAAAAGGCAAUGUUCAACGAUCCUCGUAUCGACGGCAAGAAAUGCCCACAGCUGGGGCUGUACGAGCUCACGGGCUUGUUAUCAAAGCGCGUUACAGUCAGAAUCGCCAACUCCUCCCCCAACUCCUCCCCCAACUCUACUGAGAGCCUUGACGAUGAAUUCCGGCUGGUAACAUCUGCAAAAUGUUAUAAUUGGCAACGCUUCAAUCUCAAAAUGCUCGAAAGCUUUGAUCCGGCACUUGCAGACUAUCUGGCGGAACAGUACAAUCGAAAGGGAGAAAUAACCGACCAGAAAGAGAUGACGUCCGAUAUAGAGUCAGACAGACCCAUAAAGGACAAUGGAAAGUCUGCCAUAUCGCUAUUGCAUGACAGGAUCAAACUGGCCAAGAUCGAUCACAUUUCGUGA